CAAGGCGUAGCGCUUCUCGAUGGUUUGUAGAUCUGUUUUCCCCCGAAUCGUUGUUCCUCAUUUGACUUUGUUGAAAAACAAGCAGCUUCGUUCAGUUUUUGUCUUGCCGGGAGAAACUUUAUGUUUAUUCGCUUGAUUAAAAUUAAGAAGCUCAGCAUGGCUCAGUGACAGCGACCCACCGACCGAACCAGUCCGGCUCAGACGCCUGCCAUGCCGCUGCCCAAUGGCCGCUCCAUCAACACCGACGACAGCGGAGACACCGAGGUUCUCCUGGGGAAGGACGCCGUUUCCCCUCGGUGCUGCUCGGCCCGUCUCAGCCUCGCCGUCCUCAUGUUCCUGGGGAUCUCCGUGGUCUACGGUCUCCGUGUCAACCUCAGCGUCGCCAUGGUCGCCAUGGUGAACGUCACGGACCCGUCCGGAGCCAGGAACACCACGGCGGAGCCGGCGUGUCCGCUGCCGUCCGGACCAGAAAACAGCAGCAGAGCCCUGCAGCAGCCGGACGGGACUCCCCAGUAUCCCUGGGACUCGGAGACUCAGGGCUGGCUGCUGGGCGCCUUCUUCUUCGGGUACCUGUGCACUCAGAUCCCAGGCGGCUACCUGGCCGGUCACUACGGGGGGAAGAUCUUCUUGGGUAUGGGUGUGUUCGGCACGGCUGUCCUCACCGUCCUCACGCCGCUGGCUGCUGGGUUGGGGUCACGCUGGCUGUUUGCUCUGCGGGCCCUGGAGGGCUUCGGUGAGGGCGUGACGUUCCCAGCCAUGAUGGCGAUGUGGACCCGGUGGGCUCCGCCCCUCGAGCGCUCCUUCCUGAUCUCCCUGUCGGGUUCUGGGGGAAGCUUCGGCGCCUGCCUGGCGCUGCCGCUCACCGGUUACAUCUGUGAACAACUGGGCUGGCCCGCUGUGUUCUACCUCUGCGGAGGCGCCGGGUGCCUCUGGUUCAUUUUCUGGUGCAUUCUCGUGUCCGACGACCCUCGAACUCACCGUCGGAUCAGCGAACAGGAGAGAGAUUACAUCAUAAACUCUAUUGGAGCUCAGGGCAAAGGUCACGGCUGGUCGCUGCCUCUUGUGUCCAUGGGGCUUUCCGUCCCGCUGUGGACCAUCAUCGUCACUCAGAUGUGCUCCAACUGGUCCUUCUACACGCUGCUCACCUCCCUGCCCACCUACAUGAAUGACAUCCUGCACUUUGACCUGCAGUCCAACGGCUUCCUGUCAGCGCUGCCGUACUUCUGCAGCGUUCCGGUCUCACUGCUGUCCGGCGUGGCUGCUGAUUGGCUCAUCAUGAGGCAGGUGUUCAGCAUCACCAACGUGCGCAAGAUCUUCACCUUCACAGGCCUGGUGCUGCCGGCGCUCUUCCUCAUCGCCGUCUGCUACGCCGGAUGCAGCCACAUCCUCACCGUCACCUUCCUCACCCUCUCCACCAGCUUAGGAGGGUCCAGCUCCGCCGGAGUCUACGUCAACCAGAUCGACAUCGCUCCCCGGUACGCCGGGUUCCUCCUGGGAAUCACCAACACGUUCGGGACGAUCCCAGGUGUUGUGGCGCCGAUCGUGACGGGAUACUUUACAGAAGAUCACACCAUGGCAGGCUGGAGGAAGGUGUUCUGGGUCGCCGCUGGGAUCAACAUUGGCGGCGCCGUCAUCUACAUGAUAUUUGGCAACGGGAAGAUCCAGGCGUGGGCCAACGAGGAGGAAAACGGUGAAGAGGAAGAGGAGGAGAGGGCAGUCGGUCCAAGUUGAAGAAAAACCAAAGAGAAGCAGCGAAGCUCAACCUGGUGAAGGAUUCGGGGCAAUUAAUCCACAGACUGACCUCAACGUACAGUUUUCACAUCUUUUGUAACAUUUUCUUCUUGUUGGAAGUUUACAUUGCUUUAAAAACUCUUUAAUUCA